AUGGCGGGACACCAGAGGGAGAAGGUGACCCCAGAUGAGGUCCAUCAGAACCAGAUCUUGCGGGAACUGUACCUCAGAGAGCUACGAACCCAGAAGCUCUACACGCAGUACCACGUGAACCCGCUGCGCAAGGUUCACACAAUUACCAGAAAGCCCAUGUCUUGGCAUGAUAACCUGGACGAACCUGCAGAUGCCAGGUUUCUGAAUCUUAUUCACCAUGCUGCCCAGGGACCAAGGAAGAAAUACCCAGAGACACAGACUGAAAGCCAGGAAAUAGGAUGGGACUCAGAGCCCCUGGUCAACCCAGAACGCCAUGACUCAAGGCUGAACCACUUCAAGGUCUACAAUGACAUCACUCUGUACAAAGCUAAAAUGUGGAGCUUGGGAGAAGAUGAUCGCCACAAGUAG